AUGCUUUCCCAGCUCUGUACUACUGAACUGAAUAACGUCAAAAGAAAAGGCGUUCACGGCACUGAAUUCAGUGACACUGCGAGGUACGCCCUACAGCAUGGCGUUUGUCAUAAUUAUGCUCGAGUCGGAAGAGCUGGAAGAGAGUACAAGAAGCUUUGAAGAAAUCGUUAACAACUAUGUCACGGACUUGGACAUUGUGUAUGCAAAGCUAUGUGUAAACGACACGGCUAGUUCUGAGGACAUGGUCCUCACUCAGAAACAAGAAGCUUUUCAGUUAUUGAGCAGUGAAAGCCAAAACGCCCUUGGCACGUUGUUGUUUCUUUUACGAAAGUACCAUGAAAGACUUACGACGAAUCCCACUUCUUUUUUCCAAGUGAUGAUGAACGAAGGAGGAGACGAUUUUGCUGGUGAAGCGACAGAACUUUUGCAGACCAAAUAUCAUGAUAUACCGUACAUGAAGUACGUUCCCAAGGGGGCUAUGGAAGAGGAAAUUGAGGUUCAGGCUUUGUUUCGCUGUACCUCUCGAGUGGCUUGUUUUGAUAUUUCACCUCAGCAGGAGUUCAUGGUGUGUGAAUGUAGGGACGGGACGAUUCAGCUAUGGUCAGUACAGACAGGGAAGCAAAUAUGGAAACGUCCGGUCAAGUUCGGCAAACGUUACGUUGAUGAUCUUGACGCGUUCAGAGUGGUACCCGAAUCAUCUGUUUUGUCAUGUUAUCGUUCCGUUUUUUUUCACCCUACUAAGCCCAUUGUUCUUCCUGGAAUCCUAAGCCAUGCCUACUCAAUUGACGGAGCUUUCCUUCCACUGUUCCCUAAUAGCAACUGCAAAUUUACCGUUUGUUCAGUUAAUGGGGAUAGUAUGAUUACAGAUUUCCCUUGUUAUGCAAAAUGCCUAGUCAUGUGGAGUCUAACAAAUGGCGAAGAGAUCACUCGAACUGAGAGAGAUGAGGUUGUAUUGUCUUUUGCCUGGUCUCCAGAUCGAAAGCUACUAGCAAUUUCUCAUCUUUCGGGACUGGUUUGUCUGGUUGAUGCAUUGAAUUGCUUUGAGACACUUGCAGAGAUCACCACUGUUUUACCAUGUGGAAUGAUCAAGUUUGCCCCUAACCUCAAAUUUCUGUUUUGUUGGUGUAAACCAGUAAAGUCUAUGUGGGAGAGAUACCCAAAAGGCAUUCGCGUGAACGUCAAUAACUUGCCUUGUGGCACUUUUUCCUUGGAUGUUGUUAACGAUAACGUUGACUAUGAACCUUGGGAUUAUGAAUUAUCCAGCAAAGCUGGAUUCUUGAUGGGAGAUCCUGUAUCAUGUUCGUUCAGGCGUUUAGAGGACUUUUUGGGACCCCAUUGGGUUCUUGUAGAAGGAGCGUUUGCGUUUGUCUUGAACAGACAAAAUGUAUUGAGGGCAUUCCCUGGAAACAACCGCAUUGCCAUGUUCAAUCCUGGUGAAAUGAAAAUUGCAACAACCACGUCCUAUAGAAGACUCCGUCAUGUUGCUUUUGCUGUAGAUGGGAAGUCCGUUUAUGGUGUCACUGAAGACAAGGAAGCAGCAGUGGUAUCUUUUGAUGUUUCAAGUGGAAAACUUACAGCAAAGAUAGAGAUUAGUACUUGUCGUGGUCUCCAUUAUCCUAAACAGCCUUUUACGACCGUAAACAAUUCUGACAAUGGUAUUUGUCUUGUGACAAUGAUCAAUGGUGUCCUUUUGAAACAACGUCAUCGUAGGACUGCUGUUCAGCUAUGGAAUUUUGAGUUGUCUCAACAAGUCCGAAGUUGGGCCAGUCUAUGCGAGGUUACGUAUAUGAUGCCAGUCACUGACCAAUGUGUAGCAUGUGUGGGCAGAAGGUUUGAAGUGAGCAUCCUGGACACAUUAAGUGGAGACAUAGUGAAGACCAUCUCACUUUGUCAUGAGGGAUACCAGUCAACAUGUCCAAUUAUGUAUAAAGAAGCAAUAGAAUGUAACAGUAAAUUUCAGCUGUUAUCCACCGCUCGUGACUCAGUUCAGCUGUCAGAUGAUGGAGGUAGUCUGUGGAAGAGAGUUUUUAAAGAUUCUCUAUUGUGCUCGUGGAAUCUCCCUGGCAUGUUUUCUCCAACGGAAAACUUUGUCCUGGUCUCAGCAAAGUCCCCUCAGUGUAAGCAAGAAGUACACGUGCUUGAUGCGUCUUCAGGGUCCACUGUCUGCACCCUUUGCACAGUCGAUCACGUGACGAAGUGUGCGUUUGUGAGUGACGCGGAAUGUGUAAUCGACUGCCAGGAUAGACCAGGAAGUUCCUGUCUUCGGUUAUUUAAUGUUAAGACUGGAGAUUUGCUUAGCGUACUUGAUACGGAUACAUGGCCUUCCUGUUUGGUUUCCUUCCCUCAAAAGGGUUUGAUCGCCUUUGGCCUCUGGAACUCCGGACGUAUGUGCGCAUUUAUCGAGGUAAAAUUGCCUCGAGACAAAGUCAACAGGAAAGCAAAGGUGAGAAAUGCGUUCGUUCUUAAGAAUUAUUUCGCGAAAAUCAGUGUAUCCAACAACGUCAAACAAAUUUCGGAAAAGUCACUUUGCCUGUUACUCUACGGGUUUACGGUACUCGAGCAUCGUCUAGCGUUCUUUGUUGCCGGCGACAGAGGCUUAGCUGUUAGACUGUAUUAUUUUGACAGUUUGUUUAUGAAUGCAGCAUUAGUGAAUAUAUGAAUUUCAUAUGUUGGAACUGUGGGGUGAAGGGAUAAUGCAAGGAAGACAAUCGAAGUUAAAGAUGCAACUUCAAAAACUCAUUUAUAAUUCAUACAGAAAAACCAAAAGAAAUUAACGUUUAAUGAGUGUCUUUAUACCUGAUAAAGACACGGCUAAACUUUGCGUCCAAUUUCUUAGACCAGUAACCCCAAAUCUUAAUAUUAGUGCAAGAAUGAGUUUAUCUAUAUCAGAGAUUUUGAAGCCGUUCAAAAAACUCGCAGGAACGUUUUGUGUCUCAUGGUUGUCUUUUCUUUGUUUUGUUUUUAAUCUUACAGGCCUUGAGUGCUCCACAAUGAUGGAUCUGAAGCUUGAUCUGCAUCUUCCAAACCCAAGAGACGGUAUGAACAAUGCAGCGGGAAAACCUCAUAAACGGAUGGUUCGAAACUUAUACAAAAGAAACGAUUUACGUGUAGGGUUUUCUGUUAGUGUCAUUAAGUCACUCUUAGCAAGUGGCUUAGAAAAGCCCUGGAACUAACGCUCUUUAUCAUAAUCAAUUGCUUAAGAUGUGAGGUGUUGCUAGUUGUAAGGUUAGUUUUAGUUAAGAGUUCUAAGGCUAGGUUUUAACAAGUGAAACAGAGGACCAUAAGGAGUAAACUACACUGUCGCACGAGAUAGCGUAAGGUUAUAUUUGAAUAGUUCUCUGUGGGUAUCGGACUUAGUAUAAGCUAGUAAAACAAAACGUCCACCUACCUUAUGUUCUGUAUCAUAAACAGUAGGUCAAGGUUUAUAUUUCCUGAUUUUUGAAAACUGGAUUUUUUUGUCUAAGACUUAGUAAUAACCUCUUAGAAACAGCAUCGACAGAACUUGUGUUCAGCAUCACAAUCAAAUAGGUUAAACCUCCCUUAAACAACCACCUACAAAGCGAAGAGUUAGUGGUCGCUUACGGGAGUCGAACCACUGAGGGUCUUUUUUGGUGAGAGGUUCGAAAACAUCUGCUUCUUACAAGGCCAUACACACGGUCUUUUAGCCCGUCACGAAAUCCUCCUUCGUCGGAGGGAACGCGUGAAGAAGCCGAAAGCAGUCAAGCCUUUUAUUUCGCGCACGGAUUUCUGGGACAGUACUCCCCCUCCCUUGCGGAAAUAUGUGCUGAUGAUGCCGAAGCAACCCGGGGAUUUCUACGUUUCGGGAUAAAACACCAACUUUACUUGGCAGAAAGGUAAGUUUACAUCUUUUUAUCGGAAUAAUUGCGUAUUUUGCGUUUUGGAUGGGUAUAGCCACCUCAUGAUUUUACUUUAGCUCACUUCGGCUUUGCGUGGUACAUUUUCAAAGCGUAUUUAACAUUUUUCUGCAUAGUGCACUCCAUAAUCCUUUGUCUUUUAUCGUACUGGGUAUGGAUGAGCGUUGAUCUGAUACAAUUUUAACGAUCACUGUUCUCCUUAGAAAAGAACCCGGCCUCUGAGGCCUAAUGAUUAACGAUGAUAAAACUGAGUUGAUAUUAAUAGGAACUAGACAACAAUUAUGUAAGAUCAAUGAUGUAUGUUAUAUCUCUGUAGGUGAUUAUGAUAUUUAUCCUAGUUCCUGUGUUAGAAAUCUAGGUGCAUGGUUUGAUAAUAAGUUGUCAAUGUCAACGCAUGUUACUAAAAUCUGUAAUGCCGCGUUUUAUCACCUACAUAAUAUUAGAAGGAUUGAGAAGUAUUUAUCUCGCGAUUCGUUACUAACGCUUAUUCAUGCUUUUAUCACUAGUCGUUUAGACUAUUGUAAUGGACUUCUGUAUGACCUUCCUAACUCGCAAAUAACAAAUAGUUAAAUUGCAACGUGUGCAGAACGCUGCAGCUAGACUCGUACUGAGCUUAAAUAAGUACUCGCAUAUUUCUCCCGCGCUUUAUCAACUUCACUGGUUACUAGUACAACAUCGUGUUCAUUUUAAGAUCUUAAUUUUAACAUUUAAAGCUAUUCAUGUAUUGGCGCCUAAGUAUAUCAUCGAACUAAUUAACAUUAAGCCUAGGUCUAUAUAUAAUCUUAGAUCAAAUCAAAGUUUAUUGCUAGACCCUCCUAAAGGGAAAAUGCUUUUCACGUUAGGUGACAAAUCUUUCUCUGCUGCUGCCCCAUAUUUAUGGAAUAGUUUGCCGUCUGAAUUACGUGAUAUUCAAUCAUUAGCUAUUUUUAAAUGUAAGCUGAAAACUUCAAGAUUUAUUUCGUGCAGCUUUUACAACGUAACCUGUUUGACACUCACUUUAUUAGUAUUACUAAUUAAGUUUAUUAUCAUUAUUAUAAAUAUUUUAUAUUAUUAUUUUUAUUACAGUCAACGCAUGUCAAGCGUUUCUUCCGCUAGUGGACUAAUAAAUUCAUGAAUGGAAGAAUGAUUCGGUUUGUCGAUUCAAUAAUCCAUUCAUAAAAUGAAUAAUCCAAUAGUCAAAUAGGACCUCGAUUCAACAAUUAAAUGUUGAUUCGGUUUAUGAACAAAAUCUACCUGUUCUUUAUUCUUGUCUGUUCCUACCGUUUACGAUUGCGUUUUUCAUUGCCUUUAAUCAAAAUAACAGCUAGAAUAGACAGACCGCAAACGCAAAGAAACUGACAAAGGCCGAGGAUCGAAAUCCACCAAUCACCACACAUACACUGACCACAGUUUGACCAUCAUGUUACUCUGAUUACUGGCAGCAAAAUGGCGUACAUGUAACAGUUAGUUUGGGUAAGGGUUUGAAGUUCAGAACUCGCCCGCGCUAUUGAAUCAACAAACGAAAUCAUUUUUCCAUUAAUAAAUUCAUUAGUUCGUUAGCGACAGGAACGCUUGACCUGCUUUGACUGUAAUAUACAUUGUUAAUAUUCAUGUACAUGUAAUUAGUUUACAAAUUUGAAUUUUAUUGUAGUUUUUUUAAAGUUGUUAAGUGCUGUUGAUCAGUGAAUGUAAAUAGCGUUCUAGAAGUUAUUAAAUUAUUAUUAUUAUUAUUAUUAUUAUUAUUAUUAUUAUUAUUAUUAUUAUUAUUAUUAUUACUUGAAGACUCUGAAAGACUAAGGGUUAUAGAGAGUCACUGUAACUGUAGUUCAAGAAACCCGGAACGUGUAAGGCUUCUACGGUUCUUUAUUAAUUCCCAAUCUAUUCAUAUUAUCUGUUAAUAUUCUUGAUUUUCUACUUAUAGCUGUCAGCUAUAAGUAGAAUUAUGUCCCUUGAAUCAAUGAAAUAGGCACUCUGUUCUCUUUAUUUUCGUCUGGAUUACAAGGCAGUCAUGCAUGUUAGUGCUUAAUACAAUACAGUGAUUUUUUGCAGAAUUUGCAUGAAAAUAGAGUCGUGGCUGCCUUGGCGUCACUUGCUAGCUAUCCUAGCGUAAUCGAUCACGAAAACAGGAACUCCUAGGGGAUUGUAUCUGUGCCAAAAUUUGACUACUUCCUCUAAAAUUUAUUUUAACAGUUUGUCAGUUAUUGGGUUUCCAUCAUGUCAAUUGAACAUGUAAUCAAACUUCAAAAGUAAAUAAUGAUCAUAAUGUAUAGCAAUAAUAAUAAUAAUAAAUUAGUAGACACAUGCAUGCGCCAUUAGUUGUUCAUGCAGCUAGAAAUUACGGGUAGUUAGCCAAAACUGAUGCCUUUUGGCAUCUUCUCCUGUGGCUGAGGUUAAAUGCUUCCAACUGUCCCCUAGUUUUUGACAUGAUUCUUCCCACUCUAGGGUGGAAACCAAAUGAAAAUUGGGCCUAAUAAAAAUAGUCAUCCAAUCACUGUCGAUAAUGUGAUGCUUCUGUUAUACAUGUACAUGUACAUGAGGCUUCUUAGGGGAGCAGGGGGGUAUGGAUGUCCCUGGUCAAAUUUCAAAUAGGGUCAUUUUGUGUUUUGAGGAGUAGGACAUGUCUCUGUUGUUACACUGUAUUUAACCCAUCUUUGUGUCUGCCCACUCAUUUGUCGCAGUUCAGGGCCAUGCCGCAUAUCGGAAUUGUACCCUAACAGGGUCUUAUACAUGUAAGAAGUAAGGAUUUCAUUUGCAUUCCAGUGCUUAUUUUGUGUUUUUACCAAUGAGCACAAUUUUCUCAGCAUAUAUUAGAAACAACACAGUAGUUGUUAUCAUGUCGUUAGAUUACUAAUUCACCAAGGGGGUGGUAGUUGUAGUGUCAGAAAUGUGGUAGUGGUAGUUGCUAUUAUACUGAGGGGGUGUUUAUAAUAGCCGUAUAUGUAUUCUUCCUUAAAGUAUUUUCCCUAUUUCAGGGGGAUGCUACACCUACAUGUAGGCUCAAUUGGUAAAUGAGGGAGGUUGAGAGGGUAGGUGUUGGUAUCAAUGGUCAGCAUUCAUUGUGGAUAUACAAGUUCAAACAAUCAAGCAAGUGGUAGUGGUUCUCGCUAAGGAGGGAGGGAGGGAGGAGUGUCAUUUGUAGUUUUAUGAAGGGUGAGUGGAUCAUACUAGCAGUGGUAAAUGAGAGGGGAGAGGGGUUGUGGAAGUGAAAGUGUUAGUAGGGGGAAGGAGGGGGAGUUGUAGGGCAUGGGAGAGGGAAGAAAUAGUGGAAGUAGAGAGAUGAGGGGGUGCAGAGAGAGUGGGGUGAAAUGGGACUUCAGAGCGUGUAAGUAAACUUUAACAUUUUGCCCAGGUUUCAGUUUAUGCAUGGUAUAAAAACUUUCAUUUUGUUUUUUGUGGUUUCGUGGGAAGCUGUUCUUUUUUCUUUACAUUGUUUUUCCUUUUGCUAAUAUUAUUUAAUGAAAAUGGAUGUGGAUGGACAAACUUAAACUUAAUGAUGAUAAGACAGAAUUUAUGAUCAUUGGAACAACAACUUAAAAAGGUUAGUAUCGCAAAAUUGUCUGUUGGUGACAUCAGCGUUGCUCCUGGUAGUACUGCACGAAAUCUUGGAGUUCUGUUUGAUCGAAAUCUGAAGUUUGAUGCUCAAAUUACAAAAACAUGUUGCGCAGGUUACUACUAUCUGCACAAUAUACGAAAGAUCAGGAAAUACUUAACGUUGGAUUCAACCAGAUGUUUGGUUCAUGCACUGGUAAUGGGGCACGUAGAUUACUGUAAUAGCUUACUGUACGGUCUCCCAAGAAAUAAUAUCAAUAAGCUACAGUGUCCUCAGAAUAUGGCUGCAGGUUAUAAAGGCUGGUUUUCACUAGCGACGGAAUCGGAGUCAUAAUCAGAAGUGUAGAACUUAUAAUCUAGUGAAAACAGCGUUCCGAUUCCGCUUACGACUCCGUCGCUUACGUUCCACUUAUGAUCUAGUGAAAACCAGAUUGUCGGAGUCGGAAGCAGAAGCAGAAGAACCAAACCAAUCACAAAGCGUGGGAACGUGCAUUGUGAUUGGUUUAUCCUUCCGCUUCUGCUUCCUACUCCGACAAUCUGGUUUUCACUUGAUCAUAAGCGGAACGUAAGUGACGGAGUCGUAAGCGGAGUCGGAAGAAAUGGAAACGUUCUGAUUCUUCUGACUCCGAUUCCGUCGCGCUUAUGACUCCGCUUACGACUCCGAUUUUUGAUUUUCACUAGAUCAGAAGCGCUCUUACGACUCCGACUCCGACUCCGACUCCGACUUCGACUCCGACUCCGACUCGGUCGCUAGUGAAAACUAGCCUUAAUAACAAAUACUCCGCGGUUUUGUCACAUCACACCUGUACUGUGUCAGUUGCACCAACAGGUAUCAGGAUUAAAUUCAAGGUGAUACUUAUAACAUUUAAAGCAAUAGCUGGACUGGUUCCAUAUUACAUACAAAGUUUAAUCGAAGUCAAGGAGAAGUCCUCCUACAACCUUAAGUCAAAUGAUGAACUGUUACUUGCUCCACCGACGUUCAAGUCUAAAAAGACCAUAGGCGACAGGACUUUCCAAGUGACUGCGCCGACUGUAUGGAACAAACUUCUAAGUGUAUUAAGGAUGGAAACAAGCUUGAAGCCUUUUAAAGCCAAACUAAAAACUUUACUUUUUAAAGAAGCCUAUGAUUUAUAGUUUUACGACUCAUGAGUGACUUGUCGAUUAACAUUUUUAAGAUGAUUUCAAUUACUUAGUUUCAAUACAUUUUUUUAAUCGAAUCUUAUAAUUGCCUUUUUAAUCGUAUAUAUAGAGAGAUUUCUACUAAAUUUUAAGUGUUUAUUUAUUUAUUUAUUAUUUAUUUAUUUAUAUUCUAUCUUAUUAUAUUUUUUGUUAGUGCGCGUUAGAUCAUAUAUUUGAAUGCUAUUUUGCGCCUAAUAAAUAAUAAAUUAUUAUAAAUUAUUAUAUGAAAUAUAAUAGGUCCUGCAAUUUGCAAUGAGCCAUGCAACAGUGUGUGAGUAAAGGUGUCCCAGGGAAAUUACAAGUGCAUAAUAUAUCCCCGCCAAAAUUUGACUUAUUUAGCUUCUUAAAUUCUAAUGAACAUUUUUCGUUCUUUUUCAGUGUGUACAUGAUUGGUGCUUGUAGAAAUGUCCUCCAAGUUUUAAACUAGGGACAGUAACUACUUCUCAGGUACCCUUGACUGUUAUACUGUCAAUGACCCCUUUACUGUUGUAUUUUAACUUGGAUCUAAAGAUUUUUGUUAGAAGUGUUGUGUCUUUUUACUUAGAUAUUUUUUCUCCCCAAUUGAGCUUACAAGCCAACCGGGAGCGGAGCUUGUCAUUUAGUCACUUUGUUGCAAACUCGUGAAGGAUGAACAUGAAAGACCAAAUAUAUUGAUAUCACAUAUAGAUUUGCAUGAUGAUGAAAGUGUGCACUGUAAUAGGCCUUAUUCAAAAGUACCUUAAUAGUCAUAGUACUCUUUGUUUCCCCCACAAACUUUUGCAUAAGCAUUGCUUUUAAUUUAUUUUGGGACUUACGAUCAUCCUUACACUCAAAAUGUAUGCAUGCGCAAGUUAAAUUGUGGUGGGAAAACAAAGAGUAUUUUGUGUUUUUGUUUUUUAUUAUUCAAUAGCAGUUCAACUUAAACUGUUAAAUAUGUGAGGAGAUGCUUAGCCUGCAAAAACAUCCGUUUGUCCUCGCUCUUCGCUGAUGGGGACGUUUCGCGUGGAAGAACGUCUGCGACUCAGCUGUAGAAAUUCCAUACUGAUGACGUAAACCAAUGUUUACAUAACAAAUCUAGUAGUCAUGGGGUUUUACAUAUAAAUUUGUCCAAUUUUACGUGUCUUCUGGUCGAUUUUGGUAAAGUGUUGUGUUCAUCUGCCAAUGAGUUCCAGCAAAACUCAAAUGCUUCUUCUAGAGAAGACUACACUGUAAUUUUCAGGGAGUUAUAAUAACUCCUCUAGUGGGUCUAAUUUAACUCCUUACAGUGGAGUUAUUUUUCGUGGAGUUAUUUUAACUCCAAAAACGAGUUUAAAGAACUCUUUUCCAGGAGUAAAAGUGACCCCAGAUAUUUAGGAGUUAAAAUAACCCCCAAAAAAGAGUUAUCCUGUACCUAAAAUUUAUCCUGUACCUAAAAUUUUUACUCCAUUUUUAGAGUUAUAAUAACUCCCUAAAAAUUACGGUGUAUAUUUCACUGUUUUGUUAGAGAUUCUUCGCGUUUACGUUUGACCUUUUUGGCCUUUUUGUCUUUUGUCUGUCAUUCGUAAACAAUAGCUUAAACAAUGUAACUACUCCGUCGACCAAUCAGCGCUUCUGACCGGAUUCCGGACAGAUUUUACGUCAUCAGUAUGGAAUUUCUGUCGCUGAGUUCGCAGACGUUCCUCCUCGCGAAACGUCCCCGGCUGCGAAGAGCGAGGAGAAACGGAUGUUUUCGCAGGCUAUGAGAUGCUCUGAAUAUGUUAAUAACGUUGAUGAGACACUCAACUACUCAAUCUUUUAGGUUCUUUUUUUAUAAGAAAAAGAAAAAGGUAACUGUGAUUUAAAGUUAAUUUGUUUUUUUUGUGUGUGUGUGUGUGUGUGUUUGUUUCUACGAAGAUUUAAAAGGUGGUGGAUAUUUCCUUUUCUGGCUUUUAUGGCGACUGCAACACCGUCACCCCUCGCCAGCUCUUUUGACAAGACAAAUGGAAACAAGCUAAGCAGGCUUCUUAUCGAUGGUGGAACAACAGUGCUGAGGAAUAUUUUUGAUUACCAUCACCCUCCUGCUCACUUGGCUGCUAAUCUUGGUUCCAGACAUAUUCAUCCCAUUCUUACUAGACUUCGGCAUAGAAACAUUCUGAAUGGUAGUCAAUGGGACAAACUGUUUCCACCAUCAGGUGGAGGGACUCCAAACUCUAUUACCUUUGAUAUCACUCUUCUGUUCCUCUUGCUCACUAACAUUUGCGGACUAUCCCCUCCCCCCUCGGGCUCUUGGCACAAAAUGCCCCCCGCAAGUGACACCUCUUUUGAGGCUAACCUUGCUCGGAUUAAGUACUAUCGAAAUGUGCUCUAUGGUCACGUGACAACAACUGGUAUUCCAAAACUAUUGUUCGAUCUUAAAUGGCAGGAGAUAAGUUCCGUUCUUGUUUCGCUUGGGUUGAAUCAGUCUGAAGUGGACAGAUUAAAAAGAGAGCCUUGUGGGGAGGACUAUAUUAGCGCUGUUACUGAAUGGAUGAAAAAUGACGAGGAGAUCCAAUUCCAGCUGAAAGAUCUACGUACAUAACAACAACAAGUGCUCCAAACUCAACAGGAAAAUCGCGGAACUCUUCAAGAUACACAACAAACGGUUGGCAGAGUGGAACAGACGCUUCAAGAUACACACCAGGCAUUUGGCAAUUUACAGCAGACGCAAAACGAGACAGUGAAAUUGCAACAAGAGGACCACAGAAUUCUUCAGGACACGCGCCAAGCAGUUGAAGGUGUACAGCGGUCUAUACAGAUGUUACAGGAAGUUCGGAAAACCCAACAAGAAUCGCGGCAGCAGAUAGAGUAUGAGGCUGCAAACACUGAAGAAAGAAGAGAUAAAGCUGAAGAGGAUGAAGCUCUUAGAAAAUUAGCAAAAGUUAAUACUGUGACGGUCAUCCAGUCUCACUCUGGGAAAUACCAGGAGGGAACGCGCUUGCACAUCUUUGAGAAGAUCAAGUUGUGGCUAGACGACCUUACAUCUAAAAAUCGUGUGGUGGUAAUCAGUGGCGAUGCGGGAAUGGGCAAAUCAGUUAUCGCCGCUGUCGUUUGUCAGAGAAUGCAACACGCUGAUCGGCUCUCUGGAAGUCACUUUUGUCAGCACAACAAGGAACGUUUCAGAAACCCGAAGGUGAUGCUGCAGUCGUUAGCUUGUCAGUUGUGUGAUGUUUUACCAGAAUACAAAAGUGAAGUUGUGAAGAAACUUUCUAGAAACUUGGGUGUGGGCAUGAACAACCUAGAAGUCCAGGAGUUGUUCGAAUUUCUUUUCGAAGAGCCUUUACGCAGCGUAGGAGACCCUGGUAGAAAUUUCCUGUUAGUUAUUGAUGGCCUGGAUGAAAGUGAAUACAAAGGCCGCAAUGAUCUGCUUGAUGUCGUAGCUAAUCAUUUUUGUAAACUUCCUGUUUGGUUCCGGUUUCUUGUUACCACUCGACCGGAAAUAAAUAUUGCAGAUGGUCUUAAAAGGUUUAAUCCUAUUCAGCUGGAGCAAGAUGACGAAGAGAACGUGAAAGACAUCAGACUCUUCCUUGAAAAACAGUUGAGCAGCGUUAUUCAAUCGGGCUCUGAAGAAGUUGUUAUCGAUGCACUGGUCCGAAUGGCUGCAGGGCAUUUUUUAUAUGCUUAUUUGAUGGUCGAUUUUAUCAAGGAAAACAUAUUAAAUCUCACCCCUGAGGAGUUAGGAAGAACAUUACCUUCAGGUGUAUCGUCUGUUUAUCAAUCCUACUUUGAACGUUUAGAGAAAGAAUUGGAAAUUAGUGAGGACCAGUUUUUGACUUUUCUAAGUGCUAUGGCGGCUGCAAGAGAACCGCUGCCUCGAGACUUUGUUUCUAAGAUGAUGCUUUCGGACUCGAAGUCCCCAUCUGGUCCUCGGAAAGUAACAAAAGCUAUCAACUCUAUCUCAACCCUUCUACCUGUUCAUGAUGACUGUAUUGUGUUCUUCCACAAAUCAGUUAAGGACUGGUUGACAGACAGAACUGCCUACGGGCGACACACCUUCUCUGUGGAUGAAAAGCAAGGUCAUGUCAAGCUUUCUGAGCUCUGUACUGAUGAACUGAAUAACGUGAAAAGAAGAGGUGUUCACGGCACAGAAUUCAGUGACACUGCAAGGUACGCCCUACAGCAUGGUGUUUAUCAUAUGCUCGAGUCUGGAGACCUGGAACAGAGUACAAGAAACUUUCAAGAAAUCGUUAACAACUAUAUUACCGACUUAAACAUUGUGUAUGCAAAGCUUUGUGUAAACAACACGGCUAGUUCUGAGGACAUUAUCCUGACUCAGAAACAAGAAGCUUUUCGGGCAUUGAGUAGUGAGAGGCAAAAAGCCCUUGGCACGUUGUUGUCUCUCUUACGAAAGUACCAUGGGAGACUUUCGACGCAUCCUUGUACAAUAUUUCAAGUGAUGGUGAACGAGGGAGGGGACGUUUUUGCUGGUGAAGUGACGAAAGUUUUACAGAGUCGUAAAUUACCAUACAUGGAGUACUUUCAUAAGGAAGCUUUUUUGAAGUGGUUGAAUAAGACCCAGGCUGAGUUUCCUUGUAAAUCUGCGGUUGCUUGUUUUGAUAUUUCCCCUUCGCAGGAGUUCAUGGUUUGCGAAUGUACUGACGGAAUGAUUUACCUUUGGUCACUCAAAACGGGUGAGCAAAGGUGGGAACGUCGGGUUGAGAUCAAGAAAUGCUACUUUAAACGUUCUCUCCCCUAUAGAGUGGUGCCAAACUCAAAUGUAUUGUCAUGUUAUCGCUCUGUUGUUUUUCACCCUACUGAGCCCGUUGUUCUUCCUGGAACCCUUAGACAUGCUUACUCGUUUGAAGGAAACCUCCAACCUCUGUUUCAAAAAAGCAUCUGCAGAUUUUCUGUUUGUUCAUUUCAUGGGGACAAGAGCAAAAUUAUCACCGAUCUCCUUGGCGAUGCUAAAUGCCUUAUCCUGUGGAAUCUAAAAAAUGGUGAAGAGAUCACUCGAACCUAUACAGAAAUGAAGCUGUUUUGUCUUUUGGUUGGUCUCCAGAUGGAACCCUUCUGGCAAUUUCCCAUUUUUCGGGACUGGUAUGUUUGGUUGACGCAUUGCUCUUACGGACCACUCUCGCAGAAGUCGCCACCAAUCAACCGUGUGGAAUGAUAAAGUUUACCCCUGACAUUCAAUUCCUUUUUUGUUUGUCUCUGCCUAUUCCAGGUAAAGACAGAUGCAGCGAGUUGCGACCCUUAAGUUUUCCCUUAAACGUCAUUAAGAGGCCUGAUGGUACCUUUUCCUUGAACGUUUUAGACAAUGAUUUUGGCCGGGAUCCAUGGAAUUACCAAUGGAAUUACGAAUCAUCCAGCAAAGGUGGAUUCUUGAUGGGAGAUCCUAUGUUAUACAGGCUUUCCUGGACCGGAAACCCUGAUUUGUCCGGUUCACUUGAUUUGUUUGCAUUUGCAUUUGUAUUAAACAAACAAAGUGUAUUAAGGGCACUUCCUGGCAACAGAAUUAUCACAAUGCUUAAACAUGAGAAUAAUUGGAGGUUCACCUGGCGUUCUCCUUUCUUUCCUAUUUGCUGUCGCAUUGCCUUCGCUUUAGAUGGAAAGACCAUUUAUCGUACCAGUGAAGGGUAUAAAGGCUUACAAGUGAAAUCUUCGGAUGUGUCGAUUGGAGAUCAUAAAGCAACGAAAGCGAUAUGUACACAUGAUGUUUUACUUGUACCUGUGUCAGAGGGUGUCGUUUUGAAACAAAAAGAACCUGGGGCGGAUGUUCAGCUAUGGAAUUUUGAGUUGUCACAACAAAUCCGAAGUUGGCCUAAUUUAAGCGAGGUGAGGGAUAUAAUGCCAUUUUCAGACCAAUGUGUAGCGUGUGUGGGGAGAGAGUUUGAAGUAAGCAUCCUGGACACAUCAAAUGGAAACAUAGUGAAGACCAUCCCACUUUGUCACGAGGGUUUCCAGUCAACAUCUCAUGUGUUUGGUGAAAAAUCCAUAGUAUGUAACAGUAAAUAUCAGCUGCUAUCCACCAGUGGUAGCUUCGUUCAGCUGUCAGACGGCAAAAAUGAACUGUGGAAGAGAACUCUGAAAUGUUCACGUUUUGUUAACCGUGCGAUGUUUUCUCCAACAGAGGAGUUUGUCCUUGUCCGGUCUGGAAACUCUGACUUCAAGAAAGAAGUACUUGUUCUUGAAGCAUCUUCAGGAAAGCAUCUCCGGACGCUAUGCACCGUUCGCCAAGUUCUUGACUAUGCCUUUGUAAGUAAGACGGAAUGUGUUAUGCUCUGCGAGAAUACUUCAGGGAGUUGUUAUCUUCCGUUGUUCAAUGUUAGCACUGGGGAUGUCCUAACUGUACUUGAUAUAGAUUUUGUACCGUCCGGGUCUCUGGCUUCCUGUCCACAGAAGGGUUUGAUCGCUAUUGGCCUUGCGAACUCCGAACAUAGGUGCGCAGUUAUACAAGUAAAACUGCCGCGACACAAAGUAAACCAGGAAGCAAAAGGUAAGUAAUACGUUUUUUUCCUUAUCGUAAGUCGAAGAAUUACUAAGUUUACUAAGCGUCUACAGAUCACACCUACAUUAAAUUGGUAAUAUUAGUUCCCAAAAAGGAGCUUGUGUGAAGGAUAUUGCAGUUUGUGGAUAUUAGUGGGGUCGAACCUCUAUUAAGCAGCCACUUUAUUUAGCGGCCUGUUACUAGAUUCCCUGUAGACAAAGCUGUCAGUAAAUCACUGUAAAAAGUACUUUUAUGAAGCGGCCGCUCUAUUUAGCGGCCUGUUACUAGAUUGCCUGCAAACAAAGCUGUCAGUAAAUCACUGUAAAGAGUACCUCUAUUAAGCAGCCACUCUAUUUAGCGGCCUGUUACUAGAUUCCAUGUAGACAAAGCUGUCACUCUAUUUAGCGGCCUGUUCCUAGAUUCCCUGCAAACAAAGCUGUCGGUAAAUCACUGUAAAAAGUACCUUUAUUAAGCAGCCACUCUAUUUAGCGGCCUGUUACAAGAUUCCCUGCAGACAAAGCUGUCAGUAAAUCACAGUAAAAAGUACCUUUAUUGAGCAGCCACUCUAUUUAGCGGCCUGUUACUAGAUUCCCUGUAGACAAAGCUGUCACUCUAUUUAGCGGCCUGUUCCUAGAUUCCCUGCAAACAAAGCUGUCAGUAAAUCACUGUAAAAAGUACCUCUAUUAAGCAGCCACUCUAUUUAGCGGCCUGUUACAAGAUUCCCUGCAAACAAAGCUGUCAGUAAAUCACUGUAAAAAGUACCUUUAUUAAGGUGACUCGACCCAGUUGUCUAUUGUUUCUAGUCUGUCAUGAUACAGCAUUCUUGUUCAGCACGCGUGCAAUGACCGCGCUUGGCUGACUUCCGAAUGCUCAACGAGAUAUUAUAAUUUUGGUACAGUGAGACAGGCCAUCGCGUGAUACAUAGAGGUUUAACUCACAAUUUUUAAUCAAUUCUCGUGCUUCUUGUGUCUUUGCAAAAAAAUCAAGAAGUGCUACACACUAAGUCUACUUACUAUUACAAAAAUAUCAUUUUUUCAUAGGUUUAAUGCAAGCCAAUAAUUAAACCAACUCGUGACGGGAAUAUCUCGGUGAGCAUUCGGAAGUCAGCCAAGCGUGGUCAUUGCACGCGUGCUGAACAAGAAUGCUGUAUCAUGACAGACUAGAAACAAUAGACAACUCCCAAAGCACAAACUCAGCCAAAACGCUAAAAAUCUUCAAUGUUUACUCAAGUUUGAGCUUAUAGAAGAUAAUGUCACAGUUUUUCAAUGACCAUGAAAUUCAGAGUCCGGGUAGUUAGUUAAUCAAUUGUGGCCCUGAAAAAAUUUGAAGGAAAAAAAACUACGAAUUUUUAAGAAAAUGCUUUUUUCGUGAGGAAGGACUCUCAAACGCUGACAAACGUCAACAAAUAGCAAAAACUUUAAUUUCUGUAUGUUUGCUUUGCUCGAAAUCGCGCGCAUUUACAAGGCCCUAAAGCGUUUUGCUGACUUGCAAGGACCCAUCUGUUAUAACGAUGCCCAAAAUAAAGGGAUGAAUCUCUUGGUUUAUUAGACAUAAUCCGUGUAAAGUUUGCUUAUCAAUUUCGCAUAAAUUAUGACCUAAAUUUGGAAACCGCUGAAUUUCUCGAAUUGGGUCUUUGCAAUUUUGGUGAAACUCUGUUCAGCGCAAGGCACUAAUGCGCACUACGUGUAGCCGAGAGAUUUUCACGAAAAAAUGCCGGCAACAGCCGAUUUUCGACUCAGACCUCAAAGGGGCGUGGCAUUAUAACCACGUGACAUUUACUCCGAUUGCCAAACAUUUUAUGUUAUAUUGUAGAUUGAUCUAUAUGUUAUCCAUUCUAUGUGUUAGACUUACGAUAAAAGUAAAGGUGGGGAUACCAGAGAGCUUCAAAGUAGGAUGGUACCCCCCCAAAAAAACUGGGUCGAGUCACCUUAAGCAGGCCCUCUAUUUAGCGGCCUGUUACUAGAUUCCCUACGACCAAAGCUGUCAGUAAAUCACUGUAAAAAGUACCUUUAUUAAGCGGCCACUUGUCCCUUCCCCGAGGCUGGCCGCUGGCCGCUUAACCCUUCAAGUCACAAGGGUGACCAACCUCAAUUUUCCCCUAACAAUAUCAAUACAUCAUCAUAAGAAAACGUUAUGAGAAUUGAUGAAAUGAUCACCUAAGAGAAAAAUGCUUUGAUCUUUAAACAAAUUCUCUCAACUGUUCCUUCUUCAUUGAGCGAGAUAUCUCAACUCCAGAAAACUUUGUGAAUCUUUAAAAACUUUGCCAGUAGCUUUAUUCUCAGUUUUCAAAUAUUCUUGCAGAUUGGUAGAUUACAUAGAUCUUGUUUAAUUAAUGGGGAUGUAAGACAUGCAAUAAUGGGUCACUCUUACUUUGUUAUCUGGGACCACUGAUGAAUACAAAUUUAGUUAUAUUUUGGGAUUUCAGAUCCUUACAUAAGCAGAUAUUUUUUAAUUGCAUGCGUUAGUUAAGUAUUGUCGAUUGCUUUUGGUUUUUGCAUUCAGUUGUCCUCAUCCAUAGCAUCCACGAAGAUUUCACUGAAGCAAUCAGAAAUAAGAGGUCUUUAUAGUUUCCAUAGUUACUACUUUUAUGCAUCAAUUUUCAAUCCGUCAGCUGAGUAACUUAUUCGUAGUAUUUUAAUGUUCUGUAGUUUCCGAAAGCUCAACACUUGGAGACAAAAGUUCUGCUACAGUGCGUCGACCUGGCAACAAAUUGUGAGUGCAAGGUUCUCUAUUCUCUCCCAUUCCAACUGUGAUUGUAAAACGUUUUGGUAAAUUUAGUGGAGUUUCGUUGCAAAAGAUUGCUACGGAGGAACCAUUAUGUGCUUACCAAUGAGAAGGAAUCAGCGUGUAACCAGAACGUUAUUGUUUUGGUAGCAAACGGGUAGGCAUAUAACCGGGAUUAUAAUAUGGUAUUUUUAAGUUACUUAAAGUUCAUUCUAGGCUCGAAAAGAAGCACGGUUGAGAAACCGAAAUUAGUUAACCCAUGCUAAUUUACCACGAAGGUUCUCAAUGAUAUUUUAACACUGCUUUUGACUACAGGAUUGUAGGAUCUACUGAUAUCAUCGGAAACCCUUACGCUUCUUUCGUACCAAUAUUAAACACGUCUAAAAGCUGUUUAGGUCAUCGCCUUGGCACAUUCUUCCACUUAAAGGCUGUGUACUGGUGUUUGUGGCCUUAAUUUUGUAGAAUUUAACACACAAGUUUAGCCUUCUUGAACCCUGCUGAGAUAUGAUUGUUAGACCUGGUAUAAUUAAACAAGUUUUGUCGGAGUGAAUAGGGCAUAAAGCACACUCCACUUUGCUGUAUUUAGUAAAUUCACCCCUGGUAUGUACAUCGAAACUUAUUUAUCGGAAAGACUGUAGUGGCAGCUGACUCAGUUAAACUGAACCGAACAGAACUGUUACUGCUAACAAUCUCUCACAAUUAUUGUAGAUGUUCUUGAUAUUCUUUUGUACUUUUAGAAUGUAUCUUUUAAUUACGAAUUUUUAUAUACCUCUGUCUAUUCUGUUCAACACCGUUUUAUUUUUUAUAUUUUCUAGUGGUGGAGAUUUUUGUGUGUGGUAAGUAGAAGUCAACAAGUUUUUUCUUUUUUUAUUAUUGAUGGUUAUGGUAGUGUUUUAAGUCUUACUUACUGCGAAAUGGUUGUUGAUGUUUAGUCUUUGGAGUUUGGAGCCUCAACAUUGAUGAUGGAUGAAGUAUCCAGAAGUGUUAGGUGAGCAGCCAGUCUCUUAUUGGCGCUGACAGUGACAGGAGGUGGAUUGAACAACACGCUGUGAGAAAAAACCCCUGAAAAAUGGAAAAGCUUCGAAAAGUAUGCCAUCAACAGUACGUUUAAACCUUCACUGUUAGUUCAAGGCUUAGUAUUAGCAAGUAGGAUAGAAAAACAGAACUAAAGUUCAGUUUCAUAAGCAAUAGCUUUAAAUUUAUAUUUAAAGGACCAAUGACAAAACCUGGAUCGGACCGGAUGGGUUAAACCCCUGUAACACUAUUUCUAACCGUACGUGUAUGUCUUUUAUUGAGUUAUAAGCAAUAGCUUUAGAUUUGUAUGCGAAGAGUUAAGAUUUAGUACAAAAAUCGUAGGAACUGAUUCAGCA